AUGUGGAUGGCAACACCAACACCAAACUUCGGCAAGCCGGGCACAGUCCGUCCUGAUGCUCCGGAAUUGCGGGGCCGUCUUCCGGCGUCUGGCAUCAAGAUUCACGCAGAGAUACAAGAGACCAAGAACAUCUUCAUCGGGUGGGUCGGCUGUACUCGCAAUCUCUUCGAGCUUGUCAGCCCAGCUCAUAUCACUCGCAGACUAUACAUAAGAAACGCAGAGCUGGACGGCGAGCUGGAAAGCAUAUAUUCUGCGCUAUUCCGGAUGAUGCAGGCGGCCCCAUCAAAGGAAAAGACAAACCUCGACGUCUUAAUGUCGUGGUGGGAUGCCCUUCAUAGGUGA